AUGUUUGGCUACUCGGUUCAGCGAGGAAGAAUGCCUCCAACCCAGCCCAACCCAGGCCAGUACGCGCUCACCAACGGGGACCCCCUCAACGGCCACUGCUACCUGUCGGGCUACAUCUCGCUGCUGCUGCGCGCCGAGCCCUAUCCCACGUCGCGCUACGGCAGCCAGUGCAUGCAGCCCAACAACAUCAUGGGCAUCGAGAACAUCUGCGAGCUGGCCGCGCGCUUGCUCUUCAGCGCCGUCGAGUGGGCCCGCAAUAUUCCCUUCUUCCCGGAUCUGCAGAUCACCGACCAGGUGUCCCUGCUGCGGCUCACCUGGAGCGAGCUGUUCGUUCUCAACGCGGCUCAGUGCUCCAUGCCGCUGCACGUGGCGCCGCUGCUGGCCGCCGCCGGCCUGCACGCCUCGCCCAUGUCCGCCGACCGCGUCGUGGCAUUCAUGGACCACAUCCGCAUCUUCCAGGAGCAGGUGGAGAAGCUCAAAGCGCUGCACGUCGACUCGGCCGAGUACAGUUGCCUCAAAGCCAUCGUGCUGUUCACCAGUGACGCCUGUGGCCUGUCGGAUGCCGCCCACAUCGAGAGUCUGCAGGAGAAGUCGCAGUGCGCCCUGGAGGAGUACGUGAGAAGCCAGUACCCCAACCAGCCGAGCCGCUUCGGUAAACUGCUUCUGCGACUGCCCUCUCUGCGCACGGUCUCCUCUUCCGUCAUUGAGCAGCUCUUCUUCGUCCGUUUGGUAGGUAAAACCCCCAUCGAAACUCUCAUCCGCGAUAUGUUACUGUCUGGGAGCAGCUUCAACUGGCCUUACAUGUCCAUCCAGUGCUCCUAG